UAUGAUCCGGGACAUAGCUGAAGUUUUUACCAUAAGUAUAACUUUGCUGACUGUCGCACCUAAUGCAACCCAAAAUCUGACUGGCUUGCAGCACUUCAGCUCGUAAAGAGACCCAGAUCAUCUGAUAUUUUUCUUCUAUUAUCAGAAUCGGUAGCUAAUACGUAAUAAUAGCGACAUAAUAAACAAAAUGCCUGGAAACUCGUACGAAAGUUGGGAGAAUGGUGACGCAACAUCAACAAGAAGCACGAGUGCAUUGGACACAGUCACCUCAAGUGGAAUGAAGCGAUGGACAACAGGGACACGUGGCAUCAUAUUAGCGGUCGUCGUUGCUCUGGUUAUAUUUUGGGUUGCUUUCAUCAUCGGUUACGCAGUUGGAUACAGCAUUCACAAGUGUGCAGUUCAGUGCGAUUGUGUCAACGCCACCACGCCUCCAACGCUUUUUUAGUGACGUCAUUUUUGAUGACGUCAAUUUUAAUGACGAC